UGUAGUAGGCGGUAGUGAAACAUUUGCUAUGUUGACUGGCGUUAAAGAUCAGCGAAAAAGAGUGGCUAAUGUCCAGUCUUCCGCUUUUAUGGAUAUGAUUUAUCUUGACUUUUAAACUGUUUCCAGUGUACCUUUGUCCACAAUGCUGCUUGUUUUGUCUGAAGAUCAUAAAGAACACCUCUCCUUCCUACCAAAGGUUGACGCAUCAGUGGUUGGAGAGUUUGGUCGCAUAGCGCUAGAGUUUCUUCGGAGAGGAACCAGCACCAGGAUUUAUGAGGGAGCAGCCAGAAAGCUGAGUGUUCCUGUUGAAAUGGUACAGCAUGGAGUUGAAGGCCUGAUGUUUCUGAUGACAGAGAGCUCCAAACACAUGAUCUCUGAAGUGGAUUUCUUGGACUCUGUGUUGGUUUUGGGGUUUGGUGAAGAGCUUAACCAGUUACUCCUAAAGCUCUACCUGCAGCACCACAGUCAGAUUCGCAGCGUCCUGAGUCAGCUUCCUACCAGUGUGCCUGCAUAUCACAACUUGGAAUGGAGACUGGAUGUACAGUUGGCGAGUCGUUCAAUCCGUCAUCAGGUUGUUCCUAAAUUGACAAUGCGUCUGCUCCUAACAAGAGGCAGCGACAGCAGAAGUGAUCACAGCAGCAGAGUUCUCCAGACGGACCCAAGUACCCUCCUUCACCUCAUCACCACACUGGAGAUUGCUCUGGCUGCCAUGAAAACCAGCCAUGCUCGGCGCAUAUUACGGAACAUCAAAUAACUCUGUGCCAUUCUACAAGUAAGAAGAGUGCCCCUUGCCAACAGAAAAUCAUCACAUUGAUGCCUCUAAUCUGGAAUAUAGCAAUGUCUCUUUAUAUAGUACUUCAGUGUUUUUUUAUGUUAAAAUAGGCUUUUGCCUAUUUGAUCUGUCAUAACUUUUAUUAUCCUUGAGUUUGAAUCCUUUCAGCAUUGUAUUGAUUGUUGACAGUUGUGCUCUACAGUGCUCCUGAUGUUCUAUUAAAGUGUUUGG